AUGUUCCCGGCACUUGUCGCUCGCUCCAGACAGCAGGUCAUCAACCUGAGAAACAGACUCCAGGCGCCCCCAGACAGACGCCGCCCCACCUCUGGCCACAUCCCUCUCUCCUCCCUACGCUACCAGUUACCCGCGUGGGUGACGGCCGGCGGAGGCAUGUACGCGACGCUGCACGGGGUGUAUCUGAUGAUGCGGGCGUUCCGGAAUUUGCGAUACAUCUACCUCUUCUUCGACAGACAAGCGCUCCACCCCUCCCCCGCCGAAACCGCCCAAUUCGGCACCGACGACCAAGUAGCGCAGCACCCCUCCUCCUUCGACCCGAGCAUUACAGCCCCGGAGCGGGAGUUCCUCGUGCUGGACGAGGAGUGUCGCGUGGUCGGCGAGACAGACCCGUUACUUGUCAGUCCUGCGAAUCGCGAGGUGAGUCGGCUACUGAGUCCGACGGAGCUGGAUCGGGCCGUGCAGGGGGGCGUGAAGAUUGGGCCGAGUGCGAGGGGUUGGACGAAUAAGCAUGGGGCUGUUAGGGUUAGGGCGGUUUCGGUUCCUGGGGGAGCGAAGGAGGUGGAGAUGGAGAUGGGGACGGGGAAGGGGAAGGUGGAGGUGAAGGGGGGCAGGGGCAUGAGUGUUGGGGGUAGGAGGGCGCUUGGGGUGGAUCGGUAUGAGAGGUUGCUGAGGGGGUUGAGGGAGGUGCAGAGGAAAUCGCGAGGUGGGGUUGCGGGUUGA